AGGGGAACCGGCCCAGCGCCGGACGAGGCCCAGCCAGUCUGGGUCUGGCCUGGCCGCCCCUCCAGCCUGCUGGAGCCGGAGCCGGAACCGGAGCCGGAACCGGAGCCGGAGCCGGAGCCAGAGCCAGAGCCAGAGCUCGAGGACUCACCGGCCCAGUCUCCGUCCGGGAUGGGGCCCCGCUCCCGGGCGCGUUGCCGCCCAGUCCCGGGGACCGUCCCUACCGCGAGGGUCUGAGGCGCGGCUGCCCCGGGGAGGGUGGAAGGCCAGGCGUGGGGCCCGAACCUCUGGCUGACCUUGGCAGGGCCCAUCUGGCACGGCCUCCGCGGCGCGCAGGUCCCAGAAGAGCAGCCCCUCAGGGCAGGCACCCGGUCUCAUCUGUGUUUACAUCCUAAGUGCGCAGGCUGGGCUCCGAUAAGUGCUGACUGGCCAAGGUCAGAGGGUGCCAGCUGGCUACAUCGUUGGAGAACAGAGCCACAUGUCUUUCAAUCUGGUCUCCUAGAGAAGUCCUGAGAGGGGAGCAACAGCCAGAGAAGUCCCGGGGUCUGGUGACAGUGCUUGGUCCCAUCCAUGGGCCUGGGAGCCCCAUCUUGGAUUCUCUCCGACCUCCCAGCCCUUUUAAUCAAAAUCUUUUGGGCCGAAGGAAUUUGUAGCCACCAACUCUGCAGGAGAAAAUGUCGUCAGUGAAGAGUGGGCUGGCCUGGGCAUGCCUCUGGGCCAGCCUGGGCGUCUAUACCAGAAUGCUGCCUCUGCCGAGGGAGGUCUGCCUGGCAGCACCAUCCCCACAUCCACAGCCUCAGACAAGUGCUCCCUUCCUGGGCCUGAUUUGGAGUAUCAGGGGAUGUUUUCAAGUCAGCAAACAUUUACUGAGGAUCUACUAUGUACAAGAUGAACAUCUGCAACAAGCCCUCCAACAAGACGGCCCCUGAGAAGAGUGUGUGGACGGCACCGGCACAGCCCAGCGGACCCUCCCCUGAGCUGCAGGGCCAGCGAUCCCGCCGGAAUGGGUGGAGCUGGCCCCCUCACCCGCUCCAGAUUGUGGCCUGGCUGCUGUACCUCUUCUUUGCUGUGAUCGGCUUUGGGAUCCUUGUUCCCCUCCUGCCUCACCACUGGGUGCCCGCUGGCUACGCUUGCAUGGGCGCCAUCUUUGCUGGCCACCUUGUGGUGCACCUGACCGCCGUCUCCAUCGAUCCAGCAGAUGCCAACGUGCGGGACAAGAGCUAUGCGGGGCCCCUGCCCAUCUUCAACCGAAGCCAGCACGCACAUGUCAUUGAAGACCUGCACUGCAACUUGUGUGACGUGGAUGUGAGCGCUCGCUCCAAGCACUGCAGCGCCUGCAACAAGUGCGUGUGCGGUUUCGACCACCACUGCAAGUGGCUCAACAACUGUGUGGGCGAGCGGAACUACCGGCUCUUUCUACACAGUGUUGCAUCCGCUUUACUGGGCGUCCUGCUCCUGGUGCUGGUGGCCACAUAUGUCUUCGUGGAGUUCUUUGUCAACCCCAUGCGUCUGCGCACCAACCGACACUUUGAAGUCCUGAAGAAUCACACCGAUGUGUGGUUCGUGUUCCUGCCUGCCGCCCCCGUGGAGACCCAGGCCCCUGCCAUCCUGGCCCUGGCCGCCCUGCUCAUCCUUCUGGGCCUCCUGUCCACAGCCCUCCUGGGGCACCUGCUCUGCUUCCACAUUUAUCUCAUGUGGCACAAGCUCACCACCUAUGAGUACAUCGUGCAGCACCGCCCACCACAGGAGGCCAAGGGGGUUCACAGGGAGCUCGACUCAUGUCCUCCCAAGAUGCGGCCCAUUCAGGAGAUGGAGUUCUACAUGCGGACCUUCAGACAUAUGCGCCCAGAGCCCCCUGGCCAGGCCGGGCCAGCAGCAGUGAAUGCCAAACACUCUCGCCCUGCCUCCCCGGAUCCGACCCCAGGUAGGAGGGACUGUGCUGGGCCUCCGGUCCAGGUGGAGUGGGAUAGAAAGAAGCCUCUACCCUGGCGCUCGCCUCUGCUUCUUUUGGCGAUGUGGGGCCCUCAGGCUCCCCCGUGUCUCUGCAGAAAAAGAGGAAGAGGCGCGUGUAUAAAGUGCGAACGUCUGAGACCUCGGAUCCGGCGUCGGGGCCUAGGGCCCCCGGCCGCCGCUCCAGCUCGUCGACGGAUUCCGCGGACGCCAGCCCUGUGCACGCCGCUGGCCCUGCCGGCGCCUACCACUCGGCGUCGGCAGAGUCCGUGGACGAGAUUCCAGUGGCGCAGACGCGCCUGGGCAGCGCCGCUCUGGCCGCCCCGCGGGGCCGGGGCCGACAGCCCACGCUGGCGCGGCAGGCGCGUGCGCCCGCCGUUUUCGUGAGCCCGAGCAGCGGCGAGCCCAGGGCGCCGGGCGGCCGGGAGGCUGGUCUGGCUUAGCUGGGCCGAGAGGCCGGAGGGCCGAGUUAGAGCGGCCGGCCCGACUCUCUAUGCAACACCCCAUC